ACAAAGAGAGAAUUAUCAGCUGGCCCGGCGGCGUGCUGCUGUCGCGGCGGCGCGCACUCGCUGCAGUUCACUGCGCGCGAUCAAGCUGCGCACGCGCUGUUCACACCUACUUCUCGAUACGAAGGCGAGAAUCGAUCACUCCGUACAAUCCACAAUACGAUAUCAACAUGAAGACACCAACGGAGACCAAGGAGAAUACGAAUAAGGCGGCGACCGUAUUUUCAAUCAGUCAAGAUGUCAGCAACGUUACCGAAGGAUAUGGAAUUUUCCAGUCCCGGGAACAGAUCUUGCCCGUGGACAAGGCGCAGUACGAGUUGGAAAAUGGAAAACAGCCAGAAGCAACACCAGAGUACCAGGUCACACAUCCGACUUCGUACGCGGAUACGCUUCUCCACAUACUCCGCGGCAACAUCGGCAGCGGGCUGCUGGCAAUGGGGGACGCCUUCAAGAACGGAGGUAUCGUGUUCGCCACCAUCGUGACCGUCCUACUCGGCAUUAUAUGUGUACACGCACAGCACUUAUUGCUGAAUUGUUCAGAAGAAAUGAACCGACAAACAAAGAGGGCCAAGUCGGCGAACUUUGCUGACACCGUGUACCUGGUGUUCACACAUGGCCCACCGCGGCUUCGGCCCAUCGCGUCCACCAUGAAGAUCUUGGUCAACGGGUUCCUCUGUAUCACGCAGCUGGGCUUCUGUUGUGUCUACAUAGUAUUCAUAGCAAACAAUUUGAAAUUGAUAUGUGAUCAGUACGGCAUCAACAUAGACCUGUCGAUACACAUGAUAUUCGUGGUGAUACCGGUGUUGCUGUCAUGCAUGGUGCGGAAUCUCAAGUACCUGACUCCAUUCUCCACUGUGGCUAACAUAAUGAUGGCCGUGGGAGUGAGCGCGGUGGUGUACGAAGCGGCGCAGAACCUGCCCCCCGUCAACACCAGGGAGUACAUGGCCUCGUGGCAGCAACUGCCCUUGUACUUUGGGACGGCUAUAUAUGCGUUUGAAGGCAUCGGACUGGUGUUGCCAUUGAAGAAUGAGAUGCGUCGCCCGGAGCAGUUCCAGAGGCCGCUGGGGGUGCUGAACGUGGGCAUGGUAGUGGUGGUCAGCAUUGUGGUCACCGUCGGCUUCCUCGGCUACCUCAAGUGGGGCGAGGACGUGCAAGGCAGUCUUACGCUAAAUUUGGAACCAGGGCGCGUAUUGGGUAACGUGGUGCAGAGCCUGAUCGCGCUGGCCAUCUUGUGCACGUACCCGCUGCAGUUCUACGUGCCCAUCGACAUCACGUGGCCGUACCUGCGCACUAAGUUCGCCACCAAGUCGCCCGUCCUCAAGGAGCUCGUGUACAGAGGAAUCCUUGUACUGCUCACUUUCAUACUGGCCGAGUCCAUACCAGAGCUGGGCCUGUUCAUAUCGCUGGUGGGCGCGGUGAGCAGCACAGCGCUCGCGCUCAUGUUCCCACCCAUCAUCGACAUGGUGAUGAAGUCGCAGCAGGCGGGCGGCCUACGUCCAUACGUCGUCCUCAAGGACUGCGCCAUCAUCCUGCUCGGCUUGUUAGUGUUCGUCACGGGCACGUACGAGAGUUUGGCGUCCAUCGUGAGAGCGUUCCGAGUCUAGUGGCAGCUGAACGCGUCUGUCGCUUGUAAGUUGGCUUAAUUAGUUUUAAGGUGGAAUUCUGAUUGUUCGAAUUAUUUUACAACGUGAGAUAACCAGGAAUUUCAACUUAAACACUAAUUAGUUUUACACCUAUGUGACACGUUGCAACUAUAGUUAGCCCAUUUUAUUAUUUUCUCGACACCGGCAGAUAUUACACGGUCUAGCUGUGUAGUGGAGAACCUGGUGAAUCAGUAAACACUCUUUCUAUCACUGUGUAUACAUUCUAAGCGAGUGUUUGUAGGGAAAAUAAUAUAAUGGGUAAGGAUUAAAUAAGACUAGGUAGCUAUUAAAUAGUUGUUAUUGGAGCUGUGCCCACAUUGUGGCACAGGAUAGAGAUUUCUCUAUUCUGUGCUCGUGGUUCAUUGCGGAGAAACUUCUCUUGCACUGAACAUUGAAAGCGACACCAACCUACCUUGAAGUAUUAGUAUAGGAAUUAUGUUUUACUGCGGUGAAAAUUCGUGCAUACUUAUUUUGAUAAAGAUAGAAUUUAUAAUGGGGUAUUUUAUAAUUAUAUAAGAAAGUGUGUGAUACUAAUUGUACCGGGACAAGUUUACUAGGUAAGUGCAACAAAUUAUACAUCGGCGACAUUGCUAUAGGCAGCCCGGCGCGUUGUCGAUUUAGUGAGAUGGAAAUACUAAACGGCCGUAAGCAGGUGGGUCAAGGGAGGGUAGUGCCCCUACAAAACUAGUCGCUCGCUUAGAAAAGUCGUUUUCCACCGUCACUGAAGCCCACUGCGGACAUUGCGACGGCAGACCGGUGGCAUGAUUUCCAUAAACAAAACUGGGUCCCGAGUGCGAGUUGUACAAACAUUUACGUUACUAUUCGCGUUCGCGUUUACGUCAAUAAAUUGAAUUGCAAAAUUAAUACGCCCCUAGCGGUUAGUUUCAGAAACUCAGAUCACCAUAAAAACAUCUAUGUAAACAAUGGGAUCGUAACUUUUGUAAAAUUCACACGGACAGGACAAGUUGUGCAUGAGUGUUGACAUAUCUGAAAACAUGUUUAUUUCUUGCUUAAAAACUAAGGUAACUAGUCGAAUACAAACAUUGAACUUCGUUGGAACGAUUCUCAACUCCGGAUAUUUGAGCUGUUCAUUUUACGAGAAACCAGCCGCAGGCCGGCUAUCCUCCCACCUAAAACAACUACGCCAAUGUUCUGCCAAUUAGACUUGGGCAUAUUCGGUUAUCAUUGAGAGCACUCAAGUUAGUUGGCACACCUAUGGCGAACUAGUUCACUCUUUUACUUCGUUAGUUUUUCUUUUUUUGGAAGAUUUCAAGAAAACUAAUUGUUUUAUUUAUAAUAUGUACAUACCCAAAUUUUAAAGAUCGUCAUUUCAAAUUUUAUCAAAUGUUACUAUAUAGAUAGUUUUAUGAAAAAAUUUGAAACGAAGUCACGAAUUGUUUCAUAAAUUCUGUUGUAUAUAAGAUUUCAUAUAAGAGAAAAAACAAAUCAGUAAGUGGUCAGCGCUGCUCCAUAAUAGAGCUGACGUCUGAAUAUAUAUAUAAAGAACUAAGAGCGAGAAUAUCGCUGAACUAGUUCGCCUAAAGGAGCGCUUUUCCACCUGAGUGCACCGUGAACUGCCCAAGACUACCGCCAACGUUUUUAUUACAAUAUGGAUAGUGCUUACCUAGGAAUGUAUUUAAAGCUUCCCUAUAGUACUUAAGAUAGUUUUUGACUGCUACUGACUUACCGAGUCAUUAUUGUUAGUACUACGUAUCAGGGCCUCUGCAGGCGAGGGACGAUCGUCCGUCAGUGUACCUAGCGAGGAAUAUUAGUCCCUCGUGUCUUUUUAUCGAAAUAACGGGGCAUCAAGUAAAUAAACAGCUCGGUGGCUGAAACAAAAUAUUUUUAUUGGUUUAUCAUUGUGUAACUUUUG